AUGUUUCACAACGAGGACAAGGUAAGGGGGUUAAAGACGAGGCGCGACAAACUACAGGGUGAACCUCGUCAUGAUGAUAUACCAGACAUCGUCGCUGAUUAUUUGACCCAGGCUGGCUUCAUACACGUGGCAUGUAUGAGUCAUAUUCAGAUCGAUACCGCCCUGAUCAGUGCUUUGGUUGAGCGGUGGAGACCAGAGACACAUACGUUUCACAUGACGCAGGGAGAGAUGACUAUCACAUUACAGGACGUGGUUGAUAUACUUGGCUUGCCUACUGACGGGCAGGCAGUUACCGGACCUACAGCUUUGGAUUGGACCGCAAUUUGUCAGCAUGUUUUUGGGACUGCCCCUGUUGCGGGCACAGACAUUCACGAUGGCGAUCUACAUAUUUCUACGUAA